GUGAAUCGACGGACUAGCACUCGUAAUAAUAUUUGUGAAAUGUUUGUAAUUUUUGUGCUUGUAAAAUAAAAUUAUGAGAUAGGACCUGUGUUUUGAUUAAUUUUAAACUUUGUUUUGUAUUUGGUGAAGUUUUUUAAACCUGGAAGACGAUACUACAAAUAGGAAUCACCACAAAUGUGCAAAUGUAGGAAUGUAACACUAAAGUCCCCUCGAAACAGCCCAAAGAUGAAACGGCGCUUGGCAACCGUCCGGGAAGAACCCGGUUCAUCAAAGACAAUUUGCAACAGUGAUCUAGCGAUAUACACCAUGGUGAUCUCCACCGCAGUUCUUAGUUAUGUGAACAGUUUGAACGGUGAUUUUGUACAUGAUGAUAUACCCGCGAUAGUGACUAACGGUGACGUGGUGGGCUCGAACUCUUUGAAGCAGUUGUUUUUGGAUGAUUUCUGGGGUACUCCGAUGGCUGAUCCGAACAGUCAUAAGUCGUAUCGGCCUCUCACAACGCUGUCUUUUAGGUUAAACUAUGCCUUAGCUGGGCUGAGGCCGUGGUGGUGGCACACCUGUAACGUAUUUCUGCACGCGGCGUGUUGCGCGCUAGUCGCUCGCACGUGCGUCACGAUCGCGCGGUUACAACGCCCGUUCGCUGCGCUCGCCGCGCUGUUGUUUGCAAUACACCCUGUACAUACCGAAGCGGUAGCGGGAGUAGUGGGCAGAGCUGAUGUACUUGCUUGUAUAUUUUUUCUAUCCUCCUUACUCGUUUAUCAUAGACCUACAAGUAAUAAGAAGUGCAUUUGGCUGAGCAUCGGGCUCGGCGCUCUUAGCAUGCUGGCCAAGGAAACCGGCGUGACAAUACUACUACUUAACCUCACGAUAGACUUCUACAGAUGCUGGCCGCUGGUCAAAAGAUCGAUAUGCUCAUUAAAAAUAGAGAAGAAAUGCACAGGGCUGUCGAUCAGGGCAACCAAGGUCCUGUUGUCGCUGUCAUUGCUAGUAUGUCUCCGAUUGGCGUUACUGCAAGGGACCUGGCCCACAUUCUCAGCUCAGGACAACCCUGCGGCUUUUCACCACAGUUUUGUUGUAAGGUUAAUGACAUUUUGCUACCUCGCGGCAUUCAACUGGUGGCUGCUUCUGUGCCCCUGGUCAUUAAGCCACGACUGGCAGAUGGGGUCCGUGCCUCUCAUCACCAGUGGCUGGGAUCCGAGGAACUUUGUCACGUGUGCUGCUUUCGGUGCACUGCUGUUGUUAUGCUACAGAUGUAUUGCUGAUUUGGAGGUGCAGAGACAUACACCAGCUGUGAUUGGACUCCUUCUGCUGGUGGUGCCGUUUGUUCCCGCGACUAACCUUCUAGUAACCGUCGGUUUUGUUAUCGCCGAGAGAGUCUUAUACAUUCCAAGUGUAGGCAGUGUCAUAAUAACAGCAUAUGGCGUCCAACUGAUGUGGUACUCUAAACCCGGAUCGAAAGUUUUCCUGGUGGUGGGUUUGGCCGUACUAGCUGCGGGUGGGGUUGCUCGGACUUACAGAAGGAACGCCGACUGGCGGGACCGAGCUACUUUACUAAGAGCGGACUUAGUGACUUUGCCGCAGAAUGCUAAACUGCACUAUAACUUCGGCAACUUCCUGCGAGAGACCGAGCAACAAGACAACGCUAUCAAACAUUACAAAGAAGCUUUAAGGCUUUGGCCAACCUACGCCAGCGCACACAACAAUAUUGGCACAUUGGUGGGGGCCGAUAAUGCCGAGCAUCACUUCUUGCAAGCAAUCAAGUACAACAGGCACCACGUCAACGCCCACUACAAUCUUGGCAAGCUUUACAAGAAAAGUGGGCGAACAACCCCAGCCAUAUCAAUGCUGGAGCGAUGUAUAGCUCUCCAGCCACGCUUCGUGCAAGCUCACGUGGAGCUGCUGACACUGACGCCCGAGGCCGAGAAACAGAGAAUAUUAUCUAGACUUGUAAAACUUGAGCCUAACAACUGGGAACACUAUGUUUUAUAUGGAAAUUGGCUGAGAACCAAAGGAUUACCAGUAGCAGCAGCUAAAUUCUUUAUAGAAGCAUCAAGACUUAGUUUUCGAAGUCGAAAUUUUGAGAAACCAAUCAGGGGAGACCUUAUUUCGAUUAGGUCCACAGCACUUAUGUACAGAAGUUUAGGACAAAAGUCAAGAACGCUUCAACUGAUGACAAGAUGGCACACGUGGAGACGAGGUUGGCCGAGCGCCGCAGCAGCCCACAUGUACCUGAGAGAAUGGCGCUUGAAGAUGGAGUUAGAAGGACGCGUUCAGAUAUACUCGAGAGCUGUAAACCCUACUAAAUCUACAACUUGCUUCGACCACUCUCAACUAUCAGCAGGAGCAACAGCUACGAGUGAAGACAAAUCUGUAAAGGUAGAAAAAGAAAAACUAAAAAACGAAGCGAAAAUGAUUAGUGACAAACAAAACAGUGAAAGUGAAAAAAUUGUGAUUAUCAAUAGUAGUCCGUGCGGUCGGAAAGCGUGUGCGGUUAAGAAACGUAAUCUCUCUAUAUCAACACAAAUAAAGACUACUCAUAACAAAUCCGAAAUCGGUCAUAAGAAAAAGUGUACGAUGCACAGAAAAGAGAAAAAUGUAAAAAAUAACGAAAUACCGAACAUAGUGCCGCCACUGACUGAGCAUAUUCUCAUGAACACGUUUUAAAACACGAACGCUUUAGGGUCAGCGCAAACCUAGUGUCAAAUUUCGCUUAAGCUCAAGCAAGGCCAUAAUUUACUCUUGCAUUGAAAACGUAUUAUAUAGUGGCUACAAUUUGUGACCUCAAACUUUAAAAUUCUUGUAUAUAAUUAACUUGUUUAUUAGUAUCACUUUGCUACUAAUGUUUUUAAGCGAUAGUCCUUUCAGUGAAUUAAAUCGUUUGUAAAAUUUGACCUCACAAAAUGAACUUUGAGAAUAAUUGCGCUUACAGUGCCAUUGAUAAUUAUAGCCCAGAGUUUCCACGGUUAAUUAAAUAUCAUCAUCGAUAGAGAAGUAAUUUUAGGAAUUUGUACUAGCACAACAGUGGAACUCAUGAAAGUUGAAAUAAAAUAUUUCUGACGUUCUUCAAGUUUUUUACUUGUGGACACAGUAUAAAGGAUGCAACAUGACACUGUACGCAUUUUAUCAGAUAUCGCCAGCCAACAAUACAUACGGUUGUCAAUGACCGAAUUCACGUUAAGUGAAAAUUGUAGUGAUAGUGAAUAUUCAUAAGCUGAAGUUUUAUAUAGACAUGAAUAAUAAUUGUUUAUUCCAUAUAAAUCUCCCGUUAUUUCUAUCUUGUUAAUUAUUUAUUCGAUCUGGACAUGUUUAAUUAUCUGUGGAAUCUCUAGUAUUUUUUCUUGUAAUUUGUACAUACUUUUAUCUGUGAGAAAAGUGCUUGAGCCUGAUCCGUCAGUUUGUCGCUCCGUCUUCGCUGACCUUUACUUAGAAGUCACAAGUGAACAAAGGUGUGUGCUUGCGAAACUUUUUGAAUUAAUAUUUAUUUUCGAAAAUGCAGUGAGGUUAGAUGUAAAGUUGCGCUGACAAUAUCGCGAGGUAGAAUUAGUUAAGUCAAAUGUUCAAGGUGAGAAACUUUAAAUAUGGAAAACACUGAAUUUUUUUUAGUUUAUAAUUCAAAGUCAUAUGCUUAUUUAUGGAAAUUGAACCCACCUUGUUAUUUAUUGUUAUUAAACUUUUCUGUGAAGCAAAACUUAACAACGUGGAUAAUUUAGAGGAUGCAAUGCUAAGCU